GAUGCAGCAUGGAGCCACUCCGGAGGAUGGAUCGCCUCCUUCUCUACAUUCACGCAGCCCUCCUGGUUUAUUUCAACGGGGCCAGCUUGUGCCUGGCCGAUCCAGACAGCCCCUCCGCUCCGGUCAACGUCACUGUCAAACUCCUGAAGGCCAACUCAGCUGUGGUGACCUGGGAUGUCCUGGAAGAGGAAGUGGUCAUUGGAUUCGCCAUUUCCCAGCAGAAGAAAGAUGUACGGAUGUUGCGUUUCAUCCAGGAGGUGAACACCACCACCCGCUCGUGCUCCCUCUGGGACCUGGAGGAGGACACUGAGUACAUCGUGCAUGUGCAGUCCAUCAGCAUCCAAGGGCAGAGUCCGGCCAGUGAGCCCGUCCACUUCAAGACCCCCCGGGAGGCUGAGAAACUGGCUUCCAAAAACAAAGAUGAGGUGACGAUGAAGGAGAUGGGAGAGAAAAAUCAGCAGCUGCGAGCCGGGGAGAUCCUCAUCAUUGUUGUGGUCUUGUUCAUGUGGGCAGGGGUGAUUGCCCUGUUCUGCAGACAGUAUGACAUCAUCAAAGACAAUGAACCAAAUAACAAUAAGGAGAAAGCCAAGAACACGUCUGAAAACAGCACCCCUGAACACCAGAGUGGGGGGCUCCUACGUAGCAAGUUUCCCAAAAACAAGCCUUCAGUGAAUAUCAUUGAAGCAUGACAGCCUGAUGGAUGGACUCCAUUUCUCCUUCUCGCUUUUGCUCUCAUUUCCCCUCUCCAAGAUCUGGUAACCGAGGAAGUGAAAUAUUGUCAGAGCUGUUUCGAAAGAGUCCUGCUCAGCUGCAGAUGGCAGGCUCAAGCGUCUGCAUCUUU